GUCACGUGAUAUCCGGAAAAAGUGGUAAAAUAAAAUUCGCUCUUUCGUUUCCGUUGGAGUCGCGGAUUUGGGUGUUUGUUCUCUCUUGUAGAGCUAAGGUCUUAUUGACGACUUACACCAAUUUUAAGCGCCAUCCGUUUUUCAUUAAUUAAAUCUAAACAGAGAAAAUGACGACCGAGGCCGAGCUCGCCUGCGUUUAUUCUGCGUUGAUACUCGUUGACGAUGAUAUCGCUGUAACUGGCGAGAAAAUACAAACAAUUUUAAAAGCAGCUAAUGUAAAUGUUGAAUCUUAUUGGCCUGGACUUUUUGCUAAAGCUUUAGAAGGCAUAAAUGUUAAGGAAUUGAUAACCAACAUCGGAUCUGGCAUCGGAGCUGCACCUGUAGGAGCAGCUCCAACUGCAGCGGCGCCCGUUAGCACUGAAGCUGCUCCAGCUAAAGAAGAAAAGAAAAAGGAAGAACCAGAAGAAGAAUCAGAUGAUGAUAUGGGUUUUGGUCUAUUUGAUUAGGAUCAGGGAUUGCGGUCCAUUCCUUUUAUGUACAAUGGCAUUGUACACAUAUAAAUAAUAUAAAUAAUGAAACAUUUUGAUAAAAA